GCAUCAUUCUUCUCUCACAUAAGAGUCACAAACUAACUCACUCCUGAUCAGGCUCCAACAAACUAGAGUACAUAAACCAGAGACCCCUCCUACUAACAUGGUAACUUCAUCACCCAAUUCUUAUUCAAAACCAGCUAUACUACCCAACGAAAGCUUCUCAAUACCAUUCACAUGUUUUUCAAGAUACUCGCCCUCUUCGCAGUGACAGUGUUAGCCACACUCAACGAUGUUACAAACCAGGGUACACCCGCCGUUAAGACCGUAACCACUUUGGAAACUGUCACCGGAUCUCCAGUUACCACGGGUGUUACCAAAACCGUGACGCCAGAUACAAGUGGAAAUGCUACUAGCCCUUUCUGGAGUUAUUUAACAUCGACGCCGUUAUCGUUCUCUAUCUCCUCGUCUUCAUCGUCGACGAGGACAAGUACGUCCGAGUCGAGUGCUGCAUCGACCGCCUCAGAGAGCUCUUCUGUGUCAACUGGGGGUGCACCUGAUAUCACCGGAGGCCUUGCCAUGCGUCUCGCUGGUGCUGCUGGAGCCCUCGGCUUUGCUCUUGCUCUGUAAGAGUCUUAAGAUAGUAAAGGUGUUGAAUGUGGUGGAUGAAAGCUGGAAAAUGUAGCAUGGGAUUUCAUCGAAUAUUCUAUGCCUGGUUCUGCUCACGAGCACCUGUGUACUUUUCUUGUAUGUAAAGAAAUAUUCUUCGACUUAUCUUGCAGAUUACAUUGUGAUGUAGCAUAUCAACCAGGUACACUUAUCCAGGAAAAGAAUCAAUGGCAUCAGCUUAAUCAUGAGUCAUGCAAU